CUAACCUCUUUGUUGAUUUGAUGUUGAUAUAUUUUGUUUAAGAUUUUUGACAUGUUGACAUGAGAUAAUGUGUUUUACAAUGUAUGAUGAUGUUUUGAUAGUUUUAGUCUUGAUGAGUAUAUGUUUUAGUGUUGGUUUAUGCAUUAUUGCUAUGAUGAACAUAUGUAUGAAUAUGAUAUCUUGAUUUGAAACAUGUUAAGUUUUAAUUAAAAUUUGGAAACAAUGGUAAAUUUUUGGGGUAUAGGUUUCGGCCAUAGGUUGUAUGUGAGUUUUGGUAUUUUUCUUUUAUGUAUUUAUGUUGUGUAUGAUGAAUCAUUAGGAUAAAGGAUUACCAUAUAGGUUGUUAGAUAUUUUCAUAGUUUUUGUUUUGAGACAUGUUGGUGCAUACUAGGGUUGUUAAUAAUAUGAUGAUAAUUGUUGUCUUGCUUUGGUGUUUGUGUAGCAACAUGCUAAGUAUAUACUUGUGAUGCCUAAUAUUCUAAUUUUGAUAUGUAUGCAUGAAGGAAAUGUAGGCAUCUCUUGUGUUUGUUCUCCUUAAGGUUUCGACCAUGACAUUGUUUUAGGCCUAGGUAUCUAUUUUAAAUUGUAUCCAGGGAUGAUGAAUAUUUAUGUACUAAAUACUAAUAGAAAAGCAUGCUAGGUUUUGUGUAUUAUUAUUUAUUUUUAUGAGCAUGUUGUAGUAUGAUUCUUAUCUUAAUGAUUUGGAUAGGAGCAUGAUUCUUAUCUUAAUGCUAUGCUAUGAAAAGUUAUGAUUUUAUGAUAAGAUUUAAAUGGAGAAUUUAGUGUCCCAUUCCUUAUAGAGUUUUCGGCCCAUAUGUAUAAAAAGAAAUUUGAUUUUCUUGAGUUAUUUACCAAAUAAUUAUCAUGAUUUGUUACGAUAUGUGUUGACUACCUUUUUCACUAUCAACCGUAAGAAGAGAAAUUAAAGAAAUAAACAAAUCGAAGACAAUGAUUUUUACGUGGUUCAAGUUAUAAAAGAACCCUAGUCCGCGAGUCUCUAGUAUUAAGAGGAUUGGAAGCUUGUGAGGGCAAGCUUCAAUUGUGUAUUCUCAGGCAGCGUUUAGAUUGCUCUGAGUACAAAGUAUUUUCUUUCUAAAAACCGAACCUUUAUAAUGAGACUCCCGACCCUAUUUAUAGAGGAUGGGGUCAUUAAUACUAAUCAUAAGUAAUUAAUACACAAUCUUCCCAUUAUCAGGGGAUUAAUACCAAUUCAAUGCAUUGGGCUUCAUUGAAUAGAGACCACGACUCAAGCGAUAUCUGCGGGGCCCACUGCAGAAAAGCACCCACUUUAUAGGGAACAUGCCCCAAGUACUAUCAGGGCGUUCUGUAAGUACCUCCAUUUCAGAUGACGUAGUGGGUUUGCAAAUUGUCGAGUCGUACACUCGAAAACUCUAUUGACAUCGCCCAUAAAGGUUGUCAGACGAUCCUCUAGCUCUAAAAACCCGCAUUUGCUGACACUUUGCACCUCAUCUUAGGUUUGAGAACCAAAACCUUAGACAUGUGAGACGACGGGGAGAUGAGAGCCCUCGCCUUAAUUAUCCGAGCAGGAGAACCUCCAUCUCCGAGGAUAGACCUCAGAGAGCAAUCUGUCAAGGCACCCAUGACCUUGUCAGAGGAAAUGUCUCACCUAGGAGGACCCUCACUCUGACUAGAGUCCUCGGGCAGUAACAUCUCCAGAUGAAGUUUAUGAACGUCCAAGCCAUCCACUGGGGGUCACCACAUGUCGGAGAUGAAAAUACGGACAACAUUUUCCCCCCAAGUCUCUACUCGUCCUCGGGUAGUGGAGACUUAAUUAAGGGUGAUCUAAAAAAAUGGAGGGAAAAAACGUUUGGGCUUUCCUCUGAUGUCACUCUGAAAAGAAAACCCACGUGUCAACGCACCAUUGCUAGGCCCAUCAGUUCAUGCAUUUAAUUAGCGGAUAACUCCGAGAUCCCAAAUGUCCACUCUGUAGUCGAGGCUUCUUUUCCCAAAGAAAAAACAAUGAUUGCGAUCCAUGCCUUUUGAACCCUGACCAUUGGAUCACUCUCAUGAUCGCACCAGGGCAAGUCAUCCGACAGUCAUGGGGAAGUUGCUUCCCCCAUAAGUUUUACUGGGUAUAAAAUCUCAGGAAAACCAUCUUCAGCCUCACAUGAUAACCAUUCUAAAAUCAAAAACCUUCUCAGAACACUCUCUUUUCUCUCGCCUACCCCUCACCUUCAAUUCCUUUUCUCCAGGAGCUCUGGACGACUGGCGUGAAUCGUCAUAUUUCUGAGCAAACGGCAAGCAAUAUUUCAAGGUUAGGCCUCGCCUCAGCACCUAGCUCCGUUUCAUCUCAGGUAAGUACCUUCAACCUACCUUUCUGUUUUUGUGUGUGCUUGAGGUUUUUUCGAUAUAUGUUUAGGAAUACCAAUGGUAUGGGAUUUUAGAGUUUGUUUCUAGUUUUCACUGGUCAUUUUAGGCACAUUUUUGCGUUAGGGACGUUCAAAAUGACCCUCAAAAGUCUUUAUGUCAACUUUGCAUUUCUGAGCUUGUGAUCGGAAUCUAGGGAAUUCCCAGAACCCGAUAGGUUCAUCCCCUCCGGCUUGUCCUUAGGCGCCGAGGAUACCCCGCAUUUUGAAAACCUUUUUCUUCUUCCCGAACAGUAUCCCUAGAGUCACUCGUGUUUGACCAUCUUUCCUUCGAUCAAAAUACUAAUUGCUUGGUUUUUUGUCUCAUAUGCUAAGGAACUCCAACAAUUACACGAAUACUGGUUUUAUAUCUUCGACCAGGAGAUCUCCAAUAUGGCUCAAGCACAAGAUGCCUCUAAAGGCAAUAUAAGGAUGGGAACCCAAGAGAAAAAUGGGGAGCAAGUCAUUCAUCCCGACAACUAAGUGGCGGUGAGGCCCGAAAUGCCCGAAGAAAGGGGCUUAACCAUGGAGGAGGUUAACAGGGCCCCUCUUCCACAUCCUACCCAAAAGUACGAGGGUGUUCGAAGAAGAAGAAUACCACACUCUGCUUCGGCACCCCAAUGCCAUCGAGGCGAUCAUCAGAUAUUAUUCAGUUGGAGACAAGUUCCUCAUCCGUCUCUGUCGGGAGUCUGAGAGGGCGCAUCGUAGCAUCAAUGGCCUGGGCGCCUGGAGCCAGGCCCACCUAAUGGCACGGGCUACCCUACCCCUCAAACAGUACUUCGUGAACUUCCUGAAGUUCGUGGGGAUAACCCUUUCUAGCUUUUCCCCAACGGCUACAGAGUGCUUGCGGGGAUGUACAUUUUGUACUAGAAGUGGAAAUAGCCCGAGCCUUCACUAGUGGAGAUCCUUUACUUCUACAGCUUCCGCACCACCCCUCGGAAGAAGAGCUCCAAGCGAGACAGGUAUUAUGCCCUAGUGAAGUACGCGGCCUCGUCGCUCGACUAUAAGGCUCCUCAUCAUAACGAGAAUGUACUGCCCCGACUAUUUCUAAGACCUCAGACCAUUAAACUACUAUGAUAUAGCUACUAAUUUGAAAUACAUACGUAUGAAAUAACAUAACUUUAUUUAAAACCCCUAAUAUUGUACCAAAUACAAAAUAUGGUAUGGGAUCCCAUUGUUAUAAAACAUAAACAUAAACAUAAACAUUGAAUCAAUUGUUUAAAAUGCUAAGUGCGAAAAUACAUAAAAACAUAAAUCAAAAGACUUAAAAACAACGCCAUCCUCGAUCUUCCAGCAGUCCAUUCAAUCCAUUCAUCCUCAACACACAUGCCAAGAAGCCACGAAUCCUUCUCGCCUUCUAUGCUCAUUUCCUGCACCAUCCUAAAAGAAAGGAAUGAGCCUAAUGUCCAGCAAGGAAAAUCUACUAAAAACAUACAUGACAUAAAUCAUAAAGCAUAAGACUAUAUCAUAAAGCAUAUACUAUAAAACAUAUGACUAUAAAAGCGUAUAUCAUAUAGGACUACAAUAUUAAUGACCAUUAACUCAUUAACGUGGUAUGUGAUAAAACCAUCUAGGUCAUCAGUCUACUAAUCGAGGUAGGUUAGAUCACAACUAUAGUAUAUCAUAACCAAUCUAGGUCCUCUAUCUACUAAUCAAGGUAAGGUAAAUCAUAUCUCUAAACCACAAAAAUGAUAAAAAUUCUUGGGGCUUGCUAUCUAAGCAAGUCAUAUGCCCAAGGACUACAACAUAUAUCAUAUCAUAACAUAAACAUAUAAACACAUAUAAUCUAACCUAUUUUCCUUACGAAAAACCAGGAUAUGGAGACAAGAACGGGAUUGGAACACUCCUAGAACCAACAGUAAAAACCACGAGUUUUCUAAAGAAAUGGAGAUGAAAAAGAGAACUAAACCAUCAAGAUAGAAACUUAUCGAAAAACCUUAAGUUUCAAAGAACUUAUAAUCCUAACCAAGAAUCAUAACAAAGAGUUAGGAUCCAAAUGAAAACAAAAGAACACUAAAGAAACAUGAAGAACUGAACUUAAGGAUAAGAAUACCUUGGAUGAACUAUGACUUUGAUCUACACCUUGAUACUGAAAUAACAUUAUAUAUUACUUCCCAAGUGUUUAGAAAAGCUUAGAUUGGAAAAGCUUUUAUCCCAAAACCCAAGUGUUUCUCUCUAUAAUAAUCUUAGCAGCUUGGAGGCUCUGAGGAAUGCUUGAAGAAUGAAGGAAAAAGCUAAAUACUAGGUCCUAUUUAUAGAGUUUAAGGACUGAAACUAACCCUUUAUAAUUUGAAUAAAUAAAUGAAUAUAAAAUGAAAAAGAUUUGAAUUUUCAUUCAACAGAUGCCCAGAACUUAGUCAAAAUUGUUCAAGAGCAAGUCCAAGUGGUUAAGGCUAUUUUUAAAUUUAAAAUCCUCAAGUAUUAAAAAAUAUCUCCUAGAGGCCGAUAUAUCACCCACCCUAGGCGAUAUAUUGCCUGGACCUAUACCCCGAGUCUCCGUGGUUUCGUUCGUGCGAAGUCGACGUGUUUUGCGUAUCUCCCGUAGGCGAUAUAUCUACCCCUAUAGCUGCGAUAUAUCGACACACGUUGAUAUAUCAAACACGUAUUUUCACUUUUUCAACAUAUUUUGAAUUGAUUAAACAACUUUGACAGAGUAAAAAUGUGAUCCUAACCGCUGCUGGAAGAUUCUAGAGCCUCUAGAUCUUUCUUUUUAAUUAAACUAUUCAUCAAAAAUACUUAAUUCCUUAAUAAACAUGCUUGUGACAAGUGUCACGCUCUUAUUAAUUCUAUCUAAACCUUAGGUUAUGUGGAUGCCAAAAAUCCACCAAAUAAAAACUCUUUAGUCCCUGGUUGGAACAUAGGGAUAAAGGUCACUUAUUCAUGCUAUUGGGCUCGAGCCUGUAGGCCUUGUUGAAUACAGGAGAUCAUCUCAUAAGAAACCACACAUUAUGAGCCACAAGGUUUGGCCCUGCUAAGCUAAGGGGCCACAAUAAAUACUGCAAGAGGAUAGGUGCACAAGGCCCUCACAUAGUAAGGUCCGACGUGCCAACGCAAGGCUGACAUGCUCAUGGGUCAAGAUGCACUCAUACGCGUGAACGCUGCCAAAGACGCCCGGGACAUACACCUGUGGAUGCUCAAUAUUCCACACAUAUAAAAGACCCAAAGAACGCACUUAGACCCCCAUACGCCUACACUCUCAUUAGGUCCUCGGGCCAUCAGGCACGCACCCCCUAGCGAGGCCAUCAGGCACACGCCCCCAGCGAGGCCCUCCUGCGCGUGCGCCCCCUAGCGAAGCCAUCAAGCACGCGCCCCUAGCGAGGCCUUCAUGCACGCGUCCCCAGCGAGGCCAUCAGCCGCGCGCCCCCAGCAAGGCCCUCAUGCGCGCGCCCCUAGCGAGGCCAUCAGCCGCGCGCCCCCAGCAAGGCCCUCAUGCACGCGCCCCCAGCGAGGCCCUCAUGCGCGUGCACCCCCGCGAGGCCCGUGGGCCACCAUCUUCUUGGGAGGCCGUUGCACCAUCAUGUCACUAGUCUAGAUCCAUGCCGCAAGGAGACAAGUAUAGCUAGGCCCCUCGCCACUAGGAGAUUUGCAAGGCACGGCCAGUGCAUGGGUCAUUACCGCCUCGCAUCUAUGCCUUGCAAAUGAGGGUCACAUGGCAUUGAUCUCAUGAGGUACGGAGUCCACUGAUGAACUGAAAGGAGUUAGAGUAUGGACAUAGUACCCACGUCAGAUAAGUAGUGGAGGUACGAACAAAGUACCAUCUGUUGUCCUCACCAGCCACUCUUCUGACACCCGUACCAGGCUGGUAGUGGAGGCAUGACCAGGAACAGAAGGUGAGGUGCUCCCAUGAUCUCUGGCCUUGUACCAGAGCCGACACCACUACCCUUGGAACCACUCUCCUGUUAGUGUACUCGUGUACCAUCUGGUCCCCUGGACCACCAUGUACCCAGGGCCAUUAGAGCCUACUAUAAAAUGAACCCCACUUCCAUAGAGAAAGAGGUUGGAAAAUUCAUUGUAUGCAGAGGCUAUUAAGCAAUAUACAUUUUUCACUCCAUUGUUCAUCUGUGUUUAUCCUUUCAUAAGUUAAUUCUAAGUUCUUAUCUAAACAUCGCUGCAUUUACCUUUUAGUUUUUCGACCUAAUUUCGUUGACGAGAUUUCACCGUCAACAUUUUGGCGGCGUCUGUGGGAAGAACAAGCAUCAAGCCAGCGUUCUUCCAUCAUUUCCAGCAAAGAAAGAUGCUAAGACGUUCAAAACGCCUAUGGAAAAUACAAGAUGAUGAGCUUCUCCGGGAUGACGUAGAGCGGAGGGUUACCCAGAAAGACCCCCCUCCGCCAAAACAUGGAGGCAGACCGGAGGAGUCUCUUCCCCCAAGGGAGGAGAAGGAAGAAUCAUCCCCGACCAUCCGGCCCGACGGAGGUCAUUUAGAGCUGCCAGUGCAUUCACUUCACCGGCCCCCAGUAGCACCACGCUCAGGCCACCAAGACCCAGGUCCAUCAACGCACGGGCCUAGCAAGAGUCCCGGGGUACGCUCGGUAAGUUCAAGCUCAAGGACUUGCCUCUACUGGGAUGAGAUUCAAGAGUUACAUAAAAAGACUCGAAGGCUGGAAACCCAGAUAGAGAACAUGCAAGAGGUUUUAAACGACCUACUACGAGGAAAGUCAAGCACACCCCCUCCUGUGCGUAAAUGGAAGGAGCAUGAAAAAGGGGAAAGCACUGUCCUCGUAGAUGAUGGGGGAACCCAACUUUCCACCAGCAAAACCCCCCAGACAAAGUAUCAGGGGGGACCUAGGCCAACAAAAGGUCCCCAGGAGCAAAGGCGGAGGGUAGGUGAUGGUCGUAAGAAGGAGGUCGAAGUCCCCUCAAAAGAGGCACCCCCUGGCCUAAGAAAAGAGCUUCAUGGGGAGAGGUCAGAAGUAAGAGACGUACCCCCCGCGGUUCCACCGAGGGACACAACCAAGGCAAGGGAUCAGCCCGAGACCCCGCAAAACUCCUUAUGCAAAAAGAGGAGGGGGCUAGACACCAAAAUGCAAAGCCCUUCGGGCAAGAUCACCACAGCACUUGGGGGGCGCAUGGAUGACGGAGAAUUCGACCGUGAUUCACCCUUCACAAGGGAGAUUCAAGCUGAACAAAUGCCCACUAGCUUCAAAGAGCCUCGCAUGACUCCGUACGAGGGUACUACAGACCCAAAGUAUCACUUAGACUCCUUCAAUAACGUGAUGAGGUUAAGAGGGGUCAAUAGCAGAGCAAAGUGUCAUUGCUUCGUCGUUACGCUUAAAGGAGUGGCGUACAAGUGGUUCAGGAGGUUAAGGCAAGGGACAAUCAAGUCAUGGCAACAAUUCUCUGAUGAAUUUCUUCAGCAACACCAUGGAGCGUGUGACUACAUCAUGCCAACUACCAACCUCGCUAACAUCAAACAAGGCGAGAAUGAAAGUUUGAAGGACUACAUCCAUAGGUUCGGUAUAGAAGCAACAAAGGUGGGAGAUUUAACCAAAGCGGAGCUCAAGAUGGCUAUUACAGCCGGAGUUCGUCCAGGAAGCAAGUUAUGGAGUAACAUGCUCAAAAGAGAAGUUUUGAAUUUGGACGACUUCUUCGAGAGAGCACAGAAGUACAUACGUGUGGAAGAGGGCCAUUAGAACUUCCAUGUCGAAGAAAGCGAACCUUCCUCCAGUGGCCAUACUACCAAUAUGUCUGGGGAUUCCAUAUAGAAGGGGGGCAUCAUGCUAGAGGGGUCGCUAACCAAGUUUGAGAUCGAACGAAGACCAUCUAGCCAUGAAAGUCCCCACCCGAGGGGAGAUUUCCUCAAAAGCAGACGCCUCCAAAAAGGGUCUCCAAAGCAGACGCUUGAGAAAAGGGUCUCCAAAGCAGACGCUUGCAAAAAGGGUCUCAUAAGUAGACGCUUGCAAAAAUGGUCUCCAAAGUAGACGCUUGCAAAGAGGGUCUCAUAAGUAGACGCCCGCAAAAAGGGUCUCCAAAGUAGACGCAUGCAAAAAGGGUCUCAAAGUAGACACUUCCAAAAAGGUUCUCAAAGAAGACGCUUGCAAAAAGGGUCUCAAAGAAGACGCUUGCAAAAAUAUUACUAUGCCUAAUGACGAGAAGGACGCUUCUCGCAACAAAUAAUAAGCGCGCGCGAAAAUAUAUAAAAGGAUAACUAGAACCCAAGGGGUCAAUAUAUCCUUAUAGAUACAAUCAAGGUGCACCAAAGAGAGACCUACCGAACCCCCUUUCGCGGGGUUCCAAAGGACCUCGAGCAUGAUGAAUACCAAAAAAAAAAAAAAAGAGAAAAAAGAGGGAUACUAAAAAGGAAGAGAAGAGUCUACAAGAAUGCCUAAAGGCCUCCCUAUAAACUGGGGGGCAAGUGUGGAUGCCAAAAAUCCACCAAAUAAAAACUCUUUAGUCCCUGGUUGGAACAUAGGGAUAAAGGUCACUUAUUCAUGCUAUUGGGCUCGAGCCUGUAGGCCUUGUUGAAUACAGGAGAUCAUCUCAUAAGAAACCACACAUUAUGAGCCACAAGGUUUGGCCCUGCUAAGCCAAGGGACCACAAUGAAUACUGCAAGAGGAUAGGUGCACAAGGCCCUCACAUAGUGAGGUCCGACGUGCCCGCACAAGGCUGACAUGCUCAUGGGUCAAGAUGCACUCAUACGCGUGAACGCUGCCAAAGACGCCCGGGACAUACACCUGUAGAUGCUCAAUAUUCCACGCUUAUAAAAGACCCAAAGAACGCACUUAGACCCCUAUACGCGUACACUCUCAUUAGGUCCUCGGGCCAUCAGGCACGCACCCCCUAGCGAGGCCAUCAGGCACACGCCCCCAGCGAGGCCCUCCUGCGCGCGCCCCCUAGCGAGGUCAUCAAGCACGCGCCCCCAGCGAGGCCCUCAUGCGCGCGCCCCCAGUGAAACCAUCAUCCGCGCGCCCCCAGCGAGGCCCUCAUGCUCACGCACCCCCAGCGAGGCCAUCAGCCGCGCGCCCCCAGCGAGGCCCUCAUGCGCGCGCGCCCCCGCGAGGCCCGUGGGCCACCAUCUUCUUGGGAGGCCGUUGCACCAUCAUGUCACUAGUCUAGAUCCAUGCCGCAAGGAGACAAGUAUAGCUAGGCCCCUCGCCACUAGGAGCUUUGCAAGGCACGGCCAGUGCAUGGGUCAUUACCGCCUCGCAUCUAUGCCUUGCAAAUGAGGGUCACAUGGCAUUGAUCUCAUGAGGUACGGAGUCCACUAACGAACUGAAAGGAGUUAGAGUACGGACAUAGUACCCACGUCAGAUAAGUAUUGGAGGUACGAACAAAGUACCAUAUGUUGUCCUCACCAGCCACUCCUCUGACACCCGUACUAGGCUGGUAGUGGAGGCAUGACCAGGAACAGAAGGUGAGGUGCUCCCAUGAUCUCUGACCUUGUACCAGAGCCGACACCACUACCCCUGGAACCACUCUCCUGUUAGUGUACUCGUGUACCAUCUGGUCCCCUGGACCACCAUGUACCCAGGGCCAUUAGAGCCUACUAUAAAAUGAACCCCACUUCCAUAGAGAAAGGGGUUGGAAAAUUCAUUGUAUGCAUAGGCUAUUAAGCAAUAUACAUUUUUCACUCCAUUGUUCAUCUGUGUUUAUCCUUUCAUAAGUUAAUUCUAUGUUCUUAUCUAAACAUCGCCGCAUUUACCUUUGAGUUUUCCGACCUAAUUUCGUUGAUGAGAUUUCAACGUCAACAGGUUAUAAUGAACAAUAUUUCUAGGACCAACAAUAUUAAUCAAACCUUAUGUUAUAAUUAAUAUUUCUAAACUAUAGGUUAAACUUAUAAAAUCCAUAACUGUGGCUAUGCGUUUCCAAGUAAAGCCCAGUUUGAACCAAAAUCCACGGAAACUAACAUACUACAAGCUACUACUAGCUACUACUAAUACUAUCUAGCUAAGUAAAAUUCUGAGACGCUAUAGAGAAUCACUCUCGAGACAACAAGGAUGCCUUCUUCUUCACGAACGGCUUCCUCACCCGUAGCAACCCGACCCUGAUUCUUGACUUCACCCGAGUUGGUCAUUUCCACCGAACCCACUAUGUCCAGCUCUUCGAGGUUCAUCUCCAGGUGAUGAAGGCUCUCCCCAACCAAGAUUUGGACCUUAGCGUCCUGGUAACAGAAGCAAACCUCAUUAGGUCGGGGAUUCUUAACGUAGAACAACGAAUCAACAACAUGGAGCUAACCAAUUACCACCAGUCCAAAAAGUCUCAAGAGUUGGCAUCUCGUCACAUCAGUUACAUAGACGGGCUGGCCAAGAGGGCGUUACAGGAAUGACUAACGGAGGAGAGGCUGGUGAAUGUGCGCGCUGCGGAGGAGGCCUGAGAGGCACAAGAGUAUUGGGAGCUCGAGGAAGAGCUUCAAGAAUGGAUGGAAGCUUCCCACCUUGACUCAGCUCACAUGGGAUUGGCGGACAUUGCCCAGUUUGCGCUAAGGUUAGGAGCGUCCCCCAGCUCUUCGAUAGGAGAGGGGUCGUCACACCCUCGGGAGCAACCCAAACUCUCUCCUCCGGCCAAGAGGCAGAGAGUCUCCACUCCCCCUGUGGAGGUCCCUGCAGUCGACUUUCCUCGCCCGAGUCAGACGAGGCGGUUCAAGAGCCAAGGCAAGAGGAGGUCCCAGAACCGGACAAGGGUCGAAUCAAGACUCGGAGCAGGAGGCGGUGAGAUCCCAAAUCCUCCUCCUGGUAUACUCGAGAAAUAUGAGGGGGCCUUGUUGGAUCAGUACGAGAAGAUUCUUCAACACUUUGAAGCAAGGAUGGAAGAAGGCAACAAAGCCUUACACGAGACAGCUGAGGCCCUUCAUCAACUCAAGCCACCCCGAGAGAGGCCCAUCAUCCCUCCAAUUGGUCGGGCCGAGCUGGAGACGUUUUCUCCACCAAGCUAGGGAAGAUCGUUACUCCUCUCACCGCCGAACUCCUCCAGGGGGGUCAGCUCUACCAUGUGUGAGUUGACUGUCUGAAGCUUCUCUCAACUCAGCGACAGUAACGAGGCUUCUCUCCUGGCCUCAUGUCGGUACGCCUCUGUCCGGUCCGCCUUGACCUGCCAACGUCUGGGAGACAUCAUGAUGGAGAAAACGUAUGCACUUCAGAAGUCUUAAGACAAAAUAGUCUCCCUUAAGGAGAAAAUGAAAGGCCCUCGGGAAGAACUUUCUCAGGCCAAGGCUGCCCUUGAAGUCAAGCGAAAACGCUCUUAGGAGCUUGAGGAAGCUGUCCAGAAGGCCACCGAGGACAUGUAUUAGGUCAAAGAGGAGACGAAGGUCGCCAUUGAGGGCAUGCAUCGAGCCCAGGAGGAGGCUAAGAAGGCCUCAACCGAGGUCACCUGAGUGGUCCCAGAGAACUCCCCACUUUAGGAGCAAGCUAAGGAGGCCAUCAACUAGGCUGAGCUAGCAGAGAGGAAGGCCCUCAAAGCCAUGGAGUUGAACAGGUCUGCUCAUUGUUAGGUGAAGAAUCUUGAAAGAGAAACCGAGACUAUUGUUGAGGAUGCCUUCUACGUGGCAUGGUAUCAUAACCAAGACAUGAGCUUGGAUUUCACUGGGGAGCCCGAGAAGCAUAGAAUCCUCUUCAAUGAGCGCCUCCGAGCUACCCAAGCUGCCGAAGUGACCCAAGUGGCUCCAACAACCGAGGCAACUCAAUCUGUCGAGGCUGCUCAACCAAUUGAAGAAACUCCAGCCACUGAAACGGCCCAGGCAAGGGGUGCCCUGAGUGGAGAUCCGAUCAUUGAGCUGGUGGCAGAGGUUCCCAAAGACUUAUCAUAAUUUUUACACUUAGGCCUGCAUACCAUAAACAUUUUUGGGGUAUAGAAAAACAAUCGCUCGAGCCCCCGAGCAUAGUUGUAAUUGUUUGCCCAUUUAAGAUUUAUGUAGCUUGCCUUGCUUUUUAUUUGGUUUGGUUAUAUGAAUUCACUGUAGCUUAAAUUUCCACGAGAAUAAGCACUCAAACCGUUUUAUGCACUUGGUUCUAUAAAUUCAACGUAACACGAAUGUCACGAGAACAAGAACUCAAACUAUUUUAAACACUUGGUUCUAUAAAUUCAACCGUAACACGGAUGUCAUGAGAACAAGAACUCACAUCUGUUUUGAACAGUUGGUUUCGUUCGCAUCUCGAGAUCAAGAGACUUGGUCAGAGCUCCUCGGGCUCGGUGUCCACGAGAGGUGACAAUAGUCUAUUCUCGUGCUACUUGGGUUAUCUAGCUCCUAGGUGCUAAGCUUAGUUCUGCCUGGAACAAGCUGCCUUCUAGGCUAGAUAUAACUAGUUUCCUAGGAUUUUCUAUUCUCGGGAUGGCGACGCUAGGCUUACUCUUGAAAAUUGACAAAUUUAGCCCUAACUUCAUGCCCCCUAAGUGAUCGGAGACUAGUAUGCAGUCACUUGUCCAAGCGAGUGGGUGCUCUACAUAGCAUUAAUAGAAUUUAAAGGAAACCAAAGAAUAUAAGCAGACAAUAAAUUUCUUACCAUGUUUUACAUACACGGUUUCCAUUACAUGUGCCCGAAGGCUACAGGGGGUAUCACAUAAAUAGACGAUGUUUGUAGCUCAUAUUACUGGUAAUACUGGUGAAGAUGCUCGGCAUUCCAGGUGUGAGGAAUCAACUCCCCAAUUAGUCAGGCUAAUUUGUAUCUUCCUGGACACACAACACUCUCAACUUGGUAUAGGCCCUCCCAAUUGGGUCCCAGCACUCUUGAAUCGGGGUCUCGGGUGGCUAAGAAGACUCUUCACAAAUUUUCUAUCUGUUACUUUGGAGUUAAAAUAUCUGGCCACCUUCUUUUGGUAGGACGCUACUCGAAGCUAAGAAGCUUCGCGUAGUUCCUCCACGAGGUCCAGGGACUCCCGAAGUAAUGCAUAGUUUGUGGUCGGGUCAUACGUCUCUUGUCGGUGUGUGGAGAUUGCUGCUUCAAUUGGGAGCAUAGCCUCAAACUUGUAGGCCAUUGAGAAGGGAGAAUGGCAUGUGGAGGUCCGAGUAGUGGUGCGGUAGAUCCACAACGCCAUAGACAGCUCCUUAGGCCAAGCUUCUUUUGCCUGCUCCAGCCUUUUCUUCAAAGUGGACUUGAGUGUCUUGUUAACUGCUUCCACUUGGCCAUUGGCCUGCGCAUGGGCCAUGAAAGAGAAGCUCUUGAUGACACCAUGCCAUUGACAGAAGUCCGUGAACACUUCACUGUCGAACUACAAUCCGUUGUCGGAGACUAUCUUCUUCGAAAGCCCAUACCGGCAAACGAUGUUUUUGAUGAGGAAAUCCAAAACCUUUUUGGAGGUGAUUGUAGCGAGAGGCUCAGCCUCAACCCACUUUGUGAAGUAGUCGACGACCACUAUGGCAUAUUUCACCCCUCCCUUCCCUGUAGGUAGGGACCUGGUAAGGUCGAUGCCCCAGACAGCAAAAGGCCAUGGGCUGGUCAUCUGCGUAAGCUCAUUUGGAGGCGCUCGGGGGAUACUAGUGAAGUGCGGGCCCUUGUCGCGUUUCUUGACAUAAUCCAUCACAUCUCCAUUCAUGGUGGGCCAAAAAUACCCUUGCCUUAAGAUCUUCUUGGAGAGGCUUUGCCCUCCGCUAAAACCUUCGUGUACCUCUCGUAGUAUUAAAGUGGCUUCUUGCUUGGACGCACACUAAAGCAAGGGCAAAGAAUAAACUCACCUGUAAAGCCUAUUAUCAAUGAUUAUAUACCUUGGUACUUGAUACAACAACUUCCAAGCUGCCUUCUUAUCCUGGGGAAACUCCCUGGAGACGAGGUAUUUAACUAUUGGCUCAAUCCACCCAUCUUCGGGUUGUAUAGAUUCCACCUUGUUUGGAGCCAAGAUACUUGGAGAAUCCAAGUAAUCAAUGAGACAUUGUAACACUGUCUCAUUGAAGGAGACAUUGUAACACUGUCUUGCCUCUUUCUGGUCACCACAGACCAUGCCAAUACCUGCAUCCAUGGGGAACUUUAUGCACAGAUGACGGAUGGAGGUGACGACCUCGAACUCCACCAGUGCAGGUCGUUCCAAGAUGGCAUGGUAUGCCAAGGAACACCACCUCGAAGGUGCGGUAUUUGAAGGCUUGGCGAGGUACCUCUUCAAGUGUCACGGGGAUCUUUAUUUGCCCCAUCACGAUGAGGGAUUCUCCCGAAAAUCCGUAGAGUGUCGAGGAGCAUGGGGACAAGUCUACCAUGGUUAGCCCUAUCUUCUCGAAGGUUGACUUAAACAAGAUGUUCACCGAACUCCUGUUGUCUACCAAAAUCUUCGCCACCAUUUUGUUGGAAAUUUGACACUCAAUCACCAAUGGGGCGUGAUGUGGCCAGGCAGCUGGGCUAAAACCAUGACCUCAUCAUCGUGAUUCAAAGCCUGCGCAUACCUGUUUUGAGAGUUUUGUGAAGUUCCCCCCAAGUGAGGCCUUCCUGAGAUGGUUCCUACCCGCCCAUUUAUUGGAGGAAGUCCUUGGACCACUGGAUGUUGGGGGGCUACAGGAGCUACUGCUGUGACUUGUGGUGCAACAGGUGGUACCACUGUUCCUGCCAUGAGAGGCUGUGUUGGACACGCUCCACCAUUGGCAUAUUGGUGGAGGUAUCCCAACUUGAUGAGAUCCUCAAUCUUGUCCUUGAGUUGACGGUACUCAUUGGUGUGGUGCUCUAUGUCAUUGUGGAAACGAAUAAAUUUGCCAGGGUCCCGCCUAUCCAUGUCUCUUCAUAUGCGCUACGACUUCCUAUAAUGAACAUGUUGUGUCGUGGCCACGAAGAUAUUCUCUCAGGAGUCUACCAAGUCAGUGUACUCGGAAUACUCCGAGACACACUUCUCGCUUGAUGUGACUCAUUUCUCGGGAUGUGUGGUUUUGCUUCCCCUAGGAUUGUAGCCUUUACCUUUCCCUCCACGCCUAGUGUUGCUGGGAGCUCUAGUGGAUUCAGUAGGCUGGGAGGGGGCAAUAACUCCAGCACUGAACGCAGGCUGAAAAGCGCUAUAUCCAGUGGGUGCUGCCCACGAACCCUGUCGGAGCCUUACCAAAUCUAGGAGUAGACAUGACGAUAUAACCGGAAGGUGUGGCACUCUGGCUGGGUUGGACUCUCCCCAAGCUCUGUCAGAUGGGAACAUAUGGGGAAUAUUGGUUCACCAGCACCACAGGGCCAGGCAUGGCCGAUGUAGAGAAAAUGGCUGAUGCUCUGAAUGCCCCGAUCAGGGCAUCCUCCCACCUGAUGUAUUCUUCGACGAAUGAAGUCGUCGAAAUGCCGGCAUCCGCUUCGUUGGAGAUCAUCAUAAAGUGGGGACCCUACAUGGAUGCCAGCUUGUAACGCAAUCAACUACUGGCCAUCAUUGACCCUUUUAGUGCUUACUUCUUCCUCAUUGAAGCGCUUAAUGUAGGCCUUGACGGUCUCGAAUGGCCCUUGCAUUAUGUUGGCCAAGGAGUUGACCUCAAUGUUUACCUUCUGAACUCCUAUAAAUUGUUUUCAGAAGGUGGUUGAUAAUUGGUGCCAUGAUUGAAUGGACCCUAGUCAGAGCUUUUUGAACCAUUCAUCUGUUGGCCCCGUCAGGGUGAUCGGGAACACAUGACACUUGGCGUCGCUAGAGACACGAUGCACCAACAUUAACAUGUUGAACAUAGAUAGGUGGUGUGUGGGAUCCCAACCACCGUCAUAGGCAGGAAUGGAUGACAUUUUGAAGCCUAGUGGUAGCAGGCCCUCAAUAAGGUGAGUGGUACAUGGCUCCACCUCUUCAUCCUCCGAGACAGAUUCAUGGCCUUGCCACCUGGCCAUCGUGAGCAUUAUCCGCUUCAGACUUUCUAACUCCGCGUGGAGUGGGUCAUGAUCUUGGUUGUUGCUCUGAGCCAGGUUAUCUCUUCUUCGAGCGUUGAGAUUAUCUUAGAGAUCUAACAGGCCUCUCCAACAGGCUCACAUCCUCUUGCCUUAUUGCAUCUUUGAGCAUUAAGGUUGUCUCGCAGGUCAGCCUGUCCUUGAAAUGAACCGUUAUUCUCUGGACGGGCUGCCUCGGUCUCUCCAUCGGACUCGACAUUUUUGUUUACCAAGAUACUGAUGCCACAUUCUUGGUUUUGUGGGGCAUUCCUCGAGCGGAUCCUUGGACCAUUAUUCCUACGGGGCUGAUUAGGUCCCGAGGGGACACUAGCUCCAGGCCUCGCAUGGUCUGUAUAGGCACGUUGGCGGGGAAUGCCCUGAGCUCCACGGGCGCUGACUGCCUAGCGGUUUCCUUGGGACCCUGGGUCAUUAGCUCUGCCAACCUGGUGGCCUACUGAAGAACCUGGUGGCCUCUGGGUUCUUGACAAGCCAUCUUCUGCUUUGGAGCAGGAUUAUCGUCAGCCUUUCCCUUACCACGGUCCUGCGGUGGCAUCGAGGUUCCAACUUGUAGUAGUAGUAGUAGCAGCAGCAACAACAACAGUAGUAGUAGUAGUAGAGUAGUAGUAGGCAGCAGCAGUAGUAUGUUUAUUACUGUGGUUUUUGGUUCAAGCAGGGACUUAGUUUAACACAUGUAGCAACACCUAUAGAUUUUAUAAGUUUAACCAAUAGUUUAAGAAUAUUAAUUAUAACAUAAGGUUUGAUUAAUAUAAAUGAUUAUAAAGAUGUCAUUUAUUAUACUAUAAGGUUUAGAUAGAACUGAUAACUCUAUAAAAUAGAGUUAUUUUACCACUUUUAAUGUGCUAAUUGUUGCUUAAUUCUUGAGUUUUUAAUUGAUUUAUUAAGUUUUUAAGUAAUUUUGCAUUUAUUAGUCUUAUUGUAAUUUUCUAGAUUUUUAUAUGUUUUUAUAGAUAUUUUAUUGUUUUAUGUUGUAAUUUAAUUAGUUGAAAUUAGUGUUGUUAGUUGAAUGCUAAAAAUAUGAUUUUAUUGAAAAUAAAUGUUAUGUAAAUUAAAUUUUAAUUAAUAUUUUCAUGGAAGUUAUAUGAUAUAUUUUAUUAGUGAAAAUAUUAAUUUUAAUUUAGUUUAUGAUUUAUUUUGUAGGGAGUAUGUUAUUUGAUUGGUGUUAGAAAAGAUUUAAAGCUGAAAAAAGAAAGGUAAAAUGUGGCAUUUUCGAGAAAGAAACAAAGAAAAGUGGUAUUUUCUCAAAGGCCCAACAGCUGCCCCAGCCCACUGAAGCCCACGAAGCAUUCCUUAGCACUCAACCGAAGCUCACCAAGCUUCUUCCGCGGGCCUGCCUCUUCCUUCCAGCCACACGGGCCCAGGCCCAAUCCAGGCCAAUUUCCUACUGACUUCACCACACGUCCAAGCAGCUCCUUCCUCAGCAUAUAGCAUCAUCAACCAGCGCCUCUUCCUUCAGAAAUUCAUCAAAGCUCCUUCACGCAUGCCAGGCCCAAUGCGAGAGGCCUUCUUCUCCCAUCAACUUCAAUUCGGCCCAAAACAACCACAAAAAGACAGCCACAAUCUUUUACCCAACCAAAGACCACAGCCACAAAAAGACCCAAAACUCAGAUUUUUAUUCCCAAUAUUUUUCACUCAAAUAUCAAUUCACUUUUCCCUAUUUUUCUUACCUAAAUAAACAUUCAUAAUUCAUUUUUUUUUCCCUAGCUUUUCACUAAUAUUUUACCCAACCAAACAUUUCAUCUUUCCAAUACUCUUACACUUACUCUAUUUAUCCUACCACUUCCCAACACAAUUAAAUUAAUCAAUUUAUUUAUUUUAAUUUGAUUAAUUUAAUCUCCAUAUUUUGCCUAUAAAUAGAGUCUUGUAAGACCAUUUGGGGUGCUCUUCUUCAUCUUUUCAACAUCUUCUACACAUAUUUUUCUCUCUUCUUUUCACUAUUUUCUCUCUACCAUUUUCAUCUUUUGAAAAGCAUGUCAAGUAUGUUAUUUUGUAAUUUUUAUUUCAAUCUAGUUAUGAGCUUCUAAUCUUUUUCAAAGGUUAUUAAGAUGAUGAUGAAGCAAAAUGUAACUAGUUAGUAUUUUUUGUUGUAUGUUGAUUUCCCAUUUGUACAACAUUGUUUAUGGAUUUUUCUAUCAAAGAUAUGCGUUUUUCAUCUA